GCCAGCAUACGUCUGCAGGAAAGCCCUCUGACACACACAUCACUCCUCCACCUCCAGCAUAGGUUGAUUUGAAUGCUUCUGGGUUAUAAGACCAAACCAUAGGCUGCUUAAACGGGGUGUGUGGUUUGGGCGACAGAAGGCUGAUUUCCGUUUUCCCUCAUCAACGUGGGUGUCUGUGCCAGCCUGUCUUUGUGAGCAGAUCAACAGAGGGAGGCCAAAUGAGCAGAACAUACUCCGACCUCAUGGCUGCCCCCCACCGCUGACGGAAGCCCAUGCGGACCCCAGACCCUGGCACAGGCUGAUCAUGGCUCUUCAUUUCCACGCGGCCAGGUCCUUAAACACCGGCAGAUGGAAACCAUCGCAAUUCACCUCUGUGUCUUCAGGCUGCAAGACACCCACCCCUGCAAGUGUGUGGGCCAGUGCAGCAGAGGCACCACAGACGGCCGGAACACCACGACCGGCUCACCAAGGCUGGCCCAACAUGUCAGCAUCGGGUCCUGGAGCAGGCAUCUUUCUGCUACUCUCGGGAUCCACAGCCCUCCUCCCUUGUUCUAAAAAGUGACAAGGUCCAACAGCUCCCCUGAAGAUGGACCCUCACAACAUGUCCUGGAUCCACUACCCAAGCCACAUGUCCCCCGCAGUGGAGGACGUGAUCGCCUCACAGAGUGUCAUCUCAAGGUGUGUGCAUGUGUAUGUCGCCCUGUGCGUCCCGCUGAGCCUGGUGACUGGGAUCUUCAACCUGACCGUGUUCAUCCGGGGCCACGCCAGACUGGGGUUGUUGGACAUGUUGCUCGCAGGCCUCACGGUCACUAGCAUCCUGGUGACACUACUAUCCCUCAGUGUCGCCAGCCGACCCGACUACAUGCUCACGACCAACCUGGGCUGCGGGGUGCUCUCCUUCCUCUCCAACGUCUGCUACUUCAUGGCUCAGUACCUGCAGGGGGUCACACUAAUUCCAUCUUUCCUGCCAGGCUCUGCGGGCUGUCUGCUCUGGGCAAGGCCUGCAGCCAGCCUGGCUGCUAUUGGGGGCUGUGCUGUCUGUAGCUCACUGAUCGUGGUGUCCCUGCUGGGCACGUUCAGGGAGCCGUACAAAACCACUCUGUGUCAGGCUGACCCGCUGACUGCCUGGCCCGAAUAUGAAAUCGUGAAGUUCAGCCUGGGCUUUGCACUCGCUCUGGUCCUUCAGCUGCUUUUCCUUCUCCUGUGCACCACCCAGCUGGCCUGGCGGGCAACUCCAGAACAGAGGAAUGCGUCCUCUGAGCGCCGGGUGGUGCUGGCUGUGGCUCUCAACAUGUUUACCUGCCGACUCUUCUACAAUGUGGCACUCCUACAGAGGGCCAGGCUGAAGUUGCAGAGGGACGUGGGCUCCCCAAGGGAUGAGCUGGUCAUGAACCUUGCAGAACUGGCCCUGUCUGGGGAGAGCUGUGUUAACUCUGUGGUCACACUCCUCCUCCAUGUGCCCUGCAAGCUAGCACUUCUGGGCCUUGUGGGGCGCCUCACCCGGAGGUGCAGGAGGGGGUCUGACAAUAGCAUCUCCUUGAGCAGAGUGGAGGGUUAAGGCCGGCUUGAUGCUGGUACAGAUGUGUGCUGCUCCUCCUCUUGCUGUUUAGACCGUCCAUUUGCCGUCACGCAGACCCUCCAUGGACUGAGCAUGGUGCUUACUGAACACUGGCUUCCUGCCGGUCCUCUCAGCCUAGGCAAAGCUUGCUGGUUUUGUGGCCCAAACCAACAAUCUCAUCCAAAGGGACCUUCAGGAGCAGGAGGCAGUAACAGGGCACAGAAGCUGGCCAGGCCCCUUGAACUGAUGGAAGGUGUCCUGACGACAAUGGCUCUGUGAGCAGUUUGCCUGCUGGACUGCCGUUAUUUCAUCUAGGCCCCAGCCCAAUGACUGCAUCGCUGCACCUUGUAAAUAAACACGGUAUUCAUCUAA